UUGAUUUCAGGCAAUUAGAGCAGUGACACUGAGUGAUAUGCACUGCGACAUCAUCCAGCUUGGGGAAGUAAGUGGGCUUGGCUCAAAAUUUGGUAUCACGCGGAGACAAUAUUCGGUGUGGCUGGGACGCCUCACGCAUUACUUACAUAUACUUGGAGGAGUGGAAGAAUUGGAUAUCUUUUUUCGCGCAACUCUUACAAGCUAUUCCGAAUAUGAAUAUCAUAAAGACAUCAUUGCCGUUAUAGGUUCACCUCUCGGAUUACAAGAAAUCAGGAAGAUCGUGGUAGAUGUCAUUGUUCAUGACGUGGAUCCUUCUCCCCGUGUGAAUGCGAUUUUAACGAGUUCUCAAGCAAUGAAGGAUCUUAAGGAUUUCUAUUUAUGAAGAAUCUCCAGGAUUUUGGAGUUAUCUAGAAUAUAUUGUUGCUUUUGAUUCGAGUGACGAAGAAUGUCAUGGAGUUAUAGUCUCGUUUUAAAUGGAACAAUUUUAGCACUAUGUUGCAAAUAUUAGCCAGCCUACACUAGUGUAAUCAAAACUAU